AUGAACCGUCUUCUGAUCCUGGCUUUUGUUGGAGCAGCUGUUGCUUUCUCCACUGAUGAUGAUGAUAAGGUCAUUGGGGGCUACACCUGUGAGGCAAACAGCCUCCCCUACCAGGUAUCCCUGAAUUAUCUCGGCCAACAUCUCUGCGGUGGCUCCCUCAUCAAUGACCAGUGGGUGCUGUCAGCUGCUCAUUGCUACAUCAGCCAAUUUCACGUGAGACUGGGGGAGCAUAACAUAGAGGUCUUUGAGGGAAAUGAGCAGUUCAUCUACUCAGAAAAGCUCAUCCCCCAGUCAGACCAUAACAAAAAGACCUUCUAUAACAACAUCAUGCUAGUCAAGCUGAAAACCCCAGCUGUCAUCCAUAUUCGUGUGACUACCAUCUCCCUGCCCAAGUCCUGUGCAUCUGCAGGAGCUAAGUGUCUCAUCUCUGGUUGGGGCAACACGGAGCUAUGGCGGCCAGGCAUGAACUCAGGAAUUGACUACCCAGAUCUUCCGCAGUGUUUGAAUGCUCCCAUUCUGUGUGAUGCCCAAUGUAAGUCCUCCUAUCCUGGUCGGAUCACUGAAAACAUGGUCUGUGCUGGCUUCCUGGAGGGUGGCAAGGAUUCCUGUCAGGGUGACUCAGGUGGCCCCGUGGUGUGUAAGGGACAGUGCCAGGGUAUUGUCUCCUGGGGCUAUGGCUGUGGCCUGAAGAAUAAACCUGGUGUCUACACCAAAGUCUACAAGUACCUGGACUGGAUUAAGGAAACUAUUGCUGCCAAUAGUUAAUGACACUCGACCCAUGUUUCUGUCCCUUCCUUUGGUAUUCUGUGUUGGGACAUGAUGCCAAUCAAAUGAUGCUCUAUUACUUGCUCUUUUCUGUGCUUGAAUUUCAAUUCCUUUUUCUUCUAAGAAAAUGGGAAUGUGUUUAGACCAAAAUGUGGCAAUACAGCACAGCCUGAAGGCAA